AUGCCCCUGGCUCUGUGCCGGAUGGCCCCACUCCUACCCAUUGUGUGGCAGGAGGGCUCAGUGGCGAGUGACGAGUCGUUCAGCCUAUCAGAGGGCGGCACGGACGACGACGACAUGGGCGAGGGCGACAGCGCACAGCCGCUCCCCCACCACCUCUCGCUCUCCGCUGCUGCCGUGCCUCCGGGCGGCGAGCUCAACGUGUUCCUUGACGCCGCCAGCCUGCCCCACGUGCUGCCCUCUGCCUCCUACUAUGGCACUCACGGCAACCAUGCCAACCACACCAUUCUCGACGCUCACGGCAAUUACGGCAUAGUACCCCGUCACAAUGAACCUAUGGGGCACGGUGCUCUUGGGGUUUGGGUGCAGCACUACACCGCCCUGCAAGAGGGGGCUGCUGGACUAGCAGGCGGGACAGCACCACCGGCAGCAGCAGCUGGUGCUUUGGCAGGCCGGUCGCAUUCCUCGCAGCACACUGCCGGCCGUCCUCGCCCCCCACUCCAUCUGCACCGCGUUCCCUCGGCACCUGAUGGUGUUACAAGUGCUGCUUCAGGUGCCGCUUCCCGUGCCGGCCUGCCUCCCUGGCCCACAGGCCACUCUGCAUCGCCUGCCCACUUGCAGCGCCGUGGGGGGGAUCUCUUGCCAGCUGCUGCUCCACAUGCCUUUCCUCCCAUGGCAGUCGCCAAUGCAGGUGCUGGGCCCGCUGCAGCUGCUUCAUCAGCUGCUGCCACGGCAGCAGCAGGGGCCUCCAGGGCUCAGGGGGGCCGUGAGUGGGGCGCAGGCAGGCGAGCAGGCGCAGGGGCGGGCGUGGUGCUGGGGAGGUCCAAGUCUAUGGGUGGGACGAGGGAGAGGGAGGCCGGGGCGAGGGACGUGGGGGAGAGGGAGGCAGGGCGCGUGCGUGCGAGGCCGUGGCGGGCGGGGGCUGCAAGGCGGUUCUCAGACACGGGUGCGGCGAGCACAAGGGGAUGGGCCGUGCUGCAGGUGGAGACGACUCUGGAGGGCGGUGGGGGCGGGCAGGGUGGUGCGUUAGUGCUUCAAGAGAGGGAGAGCUUGCAGCCAGGUGGGAUUGCAGUGCAGCAAGAGAGACACAUGGCACAGCUGCAGCAGCGGCAGCAGCAGCAGCAGCCGUAA